CGCGCGCAGAGUCAGAGGGGUGGGUCCUCUCUGGUCUCCAUGGGAACGGGAUCAAACACGGAAGUCUGCUGCAGGUGAGCUGACAGGAUGCUGAGGUUCAAGGAGGUGGAGUCAGGCCAGGCUCCGCCCCCUGGCAGCUGCGGCCUGGUUGCUAAGCGGUACAGCAUCCUGCAGAGUCUGGGCCGGGGGAGCUUCGGCUCGGUCUACCUGGUUCAGGACUCCAGAGCUGCAGACGGAGAAGAGCUGAAGGUGUUGAAGCAGAUUCCUCUCGGCGACCUCCGACCUGACGAGACGGUCCGAGCCACGCAGGAAGCCCAUCUGCUGUCUCAGCUGCACCACCCGGCCAUCCUCACCUUCUACCACAGCUUCCUGGAGAGAGACGCCUUCUGCAUCGUCACAGAGUUCUGCCAGAAGGUACUGUCUCCACACUCAGCCCUCUCCACUCCACUAAUGAAUCUCACGCUGCCUUCAUCAUCUCCUACAACACGUCACUCGGCGGUGACCCCCCCGUUAUUAUCUGCUCUGCUCCAACAUCGCCUGAAGCUUUCAUUCCUCCUCUCUCUCUCAGAGAACUACUGACACAUUUCUCCGCUGGUAUUUUACACCAGUAGAACCACAAACACAGGCAGGAAGCUGCAGCAGGUCUGAGGAUUCAUUCGCCACCAAAAACCAACGAUACAGUUUGAUUUUAGCCGAGACUCUGAUAAAAACAGUUCACACACAUGAACACAGUGGAAUUCAGAGGCUGUCCAAUCAAAGAGCCCAUGCACUCAGAGACCCUCAGAGCUAUUGUUUCUAGUCAGAUCAUUACCCACAAUCCCCUGCAGAGCUGUGGAGGACUCAGGGGGUUUAACUGCAGCCUAUCAGAGAAAAAAGAAAAAGCAGAAUAGAUAUUCCAGCAGUGAAAACCCACACAAACAAACAAACAAAGUAUGAGUAGAAGAGUAAAACAGAAGAUGCAUGCUUCUGUUUAUUUGUGUUGGAGAUUUUAAAUGUUGUAUGUUGGUCUGUUACACCUGAACUCACCUCAGACGCUCCACCGUCCCGCCGUUACUGCAGACACCUGAACUCACCUCAGACGCUCCACCGUCCCGCCGUUACUGCAGACACCCGAACUCACCGCAGACGCUCCACAGUCCCGCCGUUACUGCAGACGCCCGAACUCACCGCAGACGCUCCACCGUCCCGCCGUUACUGCAGACGCCCGAACUCACCGCAGACGCUCCACCGUCCCGCCGUUACUGCAGACGCCCGAACUCACCGCAGACGCUCCACCGUCCCGCCGUUACUGCAGACG